ACCUUUUGAUGUUGCGUUGACAUUAUUUCAACUUCAGCUGGGAUGCGAUUAGUGUUUAUUUCGUUUUCCUUUUUUUAAGAAAUGAAUGUUUGAAGUUUGCCUGCUAGAUCUACUGUUGUAUUUGUACAAUGGGUGCCGAUGACGCAUAUAGGAUAAUAGAGCCCCCUCGUAUUGCCAUCAUCGGCAGUGGACCAUGUGGUCUCGCAGCAGCCAAAUGCUGUUUGGAUGAAGGCUUAAGAGUGUUGAUUUACGAGAAGACUGAUAUGAUAGGUGGCUUGUGGUGUUAUCGGGAUUCAGACGAGGAAGAUAUACCGUCAGUAAUGAAGUCGACUGUUAUUAACACCAGCAAGGAAAUGAGUGCUUUCAGUGACUUUCCACCACCAGCUGAUUUCCCGAACUUUAUGCAUAAUUCACUCAUGCUUCAAUACUUCAAGUUAUACGCUGAGAAGUUUGGAUUAAUGCCUCAUGUUCGAUUCAGAAAAGAAGUGACUAAGAUUCGCAGGUCUUCGUGUUAUGAAAGAUCUGGCCGUUGGUGCGUGGAUUUCACCGAUCUUAUGACUGGACAGACACUCUCGGAAACUUUUGAUGGCGUCCUCGUUGCUACUGGACAUCAUACCUUUCCAAUUGUUCCUGAAAUUCCCGGACUCAUCAAUUUUGAUGGAAGUGUGACUCACACUCACAGCCUCAAGAAAGUCCAACAGUAUGAAGACCACACAGUUUUAGUCAUUGGAAUUGGAAACUCAGCAGUGGAUGCAGCCGUAGAAAUUAGUACCGUUGCUAAGAAGGUGUAUCUGAGCACCCGACGUGGAGCGUGGUUAUUUCAACGAGUAGGACCAGACGGGAAGCCCUUCGAUGCGUCCUAUACGAAGCGUAGCCUCGAUUACUUGAAUAGAAUCAUGCCUUUCAGCGCAUCUUGCUGGUAUAUGGAACGCGAAUUGAACAAACAUUUUGACCACCAAAUCUACGGUUUGAAGCCGCAACAUCGCGUGUUCAGUCAACAUCCGACUAUAAACGAUGCUCUGCCGAAUAAAAUUUUGAGUGGGACUGUCAUACUUCGAGAAGAUGUCGAAAGAUUCACCGAAAAUGGCGUCAUUUUUAAAAGCGAUGACGCAGCAACUGAAAUUGAUUCGGUUGUUCUUGCUACUGGAUACGAGAUCAAAUUCCCUUUCCUCGAGGAAGGAAUACUUCCUGUAACCAACAACACAGUUCAUCUCUACAAACAUAUGUUCCCACCUCAUCUUCCCCAUCCUACAUUGGCGGUCAUAGCGUUAGUACAAGUUGUAGGUGCAGUCUUCCCUGUAGCUGAAGCUCAAGCUAGAUGGUAUGCCUCAAUAAUGAAGGGGCAAUCUCGCCUUCCCAGCAAAGAAGUGAUGUUGCUUGAUAUCAAGAAAAAGUCGGAUGAAAUAAAUAAGCGAUAUGUUCCGUCUUCACGCCAUACCGUUCAAGUAGAUUACAUUCCUUAUUUGGAUGAGCUUGCCAAGCAAAUCGGAGCUAAACCAAAGCUUCAUAAAUUAUUUUUUACUGAUCCUAAGCUGUUUUGGGCUUUGUUAACUGGUCCUUCUCUGCCUUAUCAGUACCGACUGCGAGGACCUCAUACCUGGAAUGGAGCAAGAAAAGCCAUUUUAACCUACAAUGACCGUGUACUUGCAGCAUUAAAUACCAGAAAAAGUGCCGAGUAGUGCUCCAUUGCAGCUGUUUUUUAAGUUGAUACGCAUGCGAUGCGUAUCAACUCAUCACGCAAUUGAUAUCAAGCAACUUACUUUUUUCGGGAAUUUUUACAUCAUACCUAUCAUUCCUUUUUUUGUCAUCAUUUUAAACAGAGUGAAACAUAACGGACCAACUUUUUUUAUCCACAACACGUAUUGCAGUGUGGCUGCGAACCAAGGGUUCUUGUGGCAUUUACCUCUCCCUUUGUGAUCUUACCAAGUCUGAUUUGCUACAUUUUAAUUUAUAAGGAUGUGGCAAUGAAAUUCACGUUGCUCUGCCAUGAUUGACUAGUUAUUCUUGACAAGUUAUUGACUGGUUAUUCUUGACAAGUUAUUGACUAGUUAUUCUUGACAAGUUAUUGACUAGUUAUUCUUGUUCUUUUGACCAAGAUUUAAAAUGUUUUGAACAAGAAAAAAAAAUUCUAUUUAAAAAAAGACUAGACUUCACUUACCUAGCUCACCACUUCAUUUGGUGGUGAGCUCUAGUUAUUUGGCGAAAGUUCGUCGUUUCUAUCUCACUCGGUUACCUCUAUACCUCGGUCUGAACAAUUGUGUUAUACAUGAGACUAAAAACUGGAAAAAUACAAUUUGCGAAUAAAAGAAAGGUUUUGCACGAUAUCAUUGAAGGCUCAAAUGACUCUCCUGUGAUAUAUUCCAUAAUUGUGAAAAAAAAUUUACAGUGCAUGUUUUUAUUAUGAGAAAUGUUUCUGUGCAUGAUCCCAGCUACACAUAUUGUUGUACACAGUAUCAUGUGUAUUGUAUUUUGAAUACUUCAUUACAAAGUAAUAUGUAUUUUUUACCUUUUUAAUUUUACAAUUUUUACCUUAAAGUUCCAUUUUUACAAUGUUGUUAAUGUUAUUUCAUAAUUCACAAAUUAAUUAUUAAAAGCAUACUAUUCUGAAAAACAUGUUACUGAUUUUUUUUUUUUUAAAUCUGCAUCAUUUAAUGUUUGCAAAAUUGUACAUGUUCGUUUUUAAAAAGACUAAUAUCGUACGUAUUGCCAUUUUGGCACAUUAUAAUGGAAUGCAAUGACUGCUUGAAAUUAAGAGUAUGGAGUCGUAAAGAAAAAAAAAAGCUUGAUUGUAAUCAUGCUCAAUAAAUUUCUAAUGAUUGAUUACCUUUUCGUUCUUCCAUUUUUAUGCCUUUAUAUAUUUACUCUAUCACGGCCUUUGGCCCUAUUUCAUGUUCUCUCAUUUUUAAAGUUAAA